CGUUCUGAGUAUAAAACUUAACAGCACCGUGUAAAAUUGUUAAAUCAUAUUAAACAUCGCUAUGCAUUUCGAAGUGACAUACACCACAUGGCUUAUAGCCACAUUAUUCAUAAGUCGAUCUAUAUGCGACGAUAAGGCGUCUGGUGGUAGUCACGGCAGCGGUGGUGGCAGUGGCAGUGGCGGUGGUGGCAGUGGCGGUGGCGGCAGUGGCGGUGGCGGCAGUGGCGGUGGUGGCAGUGGCGGUGGUGGCAGUGGCGGUAGUGGCAGUGGCAGUGGCGGCAGUGGCAGUGGCGGUAAUGGCGGACAUGGUAGCAGUGGCGGCAGUGGAGGUAGUGGUGGGCACGGUAGCAGUGGCGGCAGUGGCAGUAGUGGCGGUUUUGGAAUGGAUAACAUGCCUUUUGCUAUGAACGGGAUGUCAGGAAUACAAUUACCUUUCCCGUUUUUCCCUCCAUUCGGAUGUGACACGACAUGUCAACCAAUACAAAUGCAAGUAUUUCAGCAUCAACAAGUACAAGAGAUGUCGACAAAGGUUACGCCGACGACUCAGGCGCCGACCACACACCCUCCGACGACCAUGCCACCGCCGAAAUCCACAUCACCAGCACAAAAGCCAAUGACCAAUACAUACACCUCGCAAACGAUCAUUAUGUACCCGAACUGGUGCCAAGGUUGGUGCAGGUUUUUCUAUCAACCUCCACCGCAACCAGUGUAUUACCAGCCGAAUUGUUUACUAUUUUCAUGGAUGGGUUUGGGAUCGGGGAUGUCCAUGGGAAUGCCUUCCACACAAAUGUGAGACUUAAGCGGAUUCAGCUGCAGAGUUCGAUAAACUGCUCUAACAAAACAAUCGUUAUCACUGUAGUUUC